AUGCUACUCCUCAGUCCACUUCGACUAGGGUGUGGAAGUGCUGGCCCAGAAACCUGGAGGCCCUGCUCAGGGGCUUCCAUUGGCAGAAGCAUCAUCAGCCUCACAGUAGUGCUGACCCAGAGCCCAGCGGGGAUUGUGAGGCCCCUCAUGCUGGCCCCAGAUUGGGGGAAGAAUGGUGAAGGAGCACCUUGGCCACAUCUGAGUCUCACAGUCAACAGAGUAUCAGGGUAUCCAUUAGGCUUGUGUGAUGCUGGUGGUGAUUCACCGCAAAACCACUCCAUUCUGGAGUGUCAGUCACCUCCUGAUGCCAGAGAAAAUCCAGAGGCUAUGUCUGUGAUUGCUGGUGCAUCUCAGCCUGCUGGUCAACCAAGCCAAAAAAAUAUAAAAGAUCUGGAAAAGGAAGUCAAAGGAGACGUUUUGAAGGCUGUGUUUCAUCAGACUGGGGCAUCAGGGAAAUCUCAGGAAAGCAGAGAUGAGCACAUGUCUGCCCCUAAGAUGAGUGGGAAGCAGAAUCCCUCCUUUCUCCCUAAGGAUAAGAAACAGCCUCCUUCUGACAACACAGAGUAUAAGGGGAAGGAAAACGAAGGCCCCCCUACUGCCACUUCUCAUCAACUCGAGAAAGGCUUACCAGCAGUCCCAGCUGAUGACUGUCAACAACCACUACAGCAUCUCCCAAGCACAGUAGAGGUCGUAAAAAGGGCAAAAGGAAAAUUUACUACAGAAGUGAAAUGUGGGGCUGUCAGUGUUCAGGUAGAAAUCAAGAAAAGCUUUUUCUGCAAAACAGGUGCCCAGCUCCCAACAAAAACGAGAUGUCCAAGGUGUCACCAGAGUUUCUCCAUCAGACACGGUAGGAGGUACUACACAUCUCGGAGCUGCUUUCCUAAAUCCAAGAAUGUUUUGGUUGAAGAACGAAAGCCCCAGGUGUCCUCUAAGAGCAAGGGAGGAAUCGCCACACCUGAGAGCCCCACCCUGCAAGUUAGCGUUGUAGGCAGAGAAAUUAAAGUCAAAUACAUGAGUGAGAUGCAGGACGUUUGCAUUAACAUAACUCAUCCUAAAAAACGGGGAAAAGUCACGAAACCCAGGAAUGUUUCCUGCGAUCAGAGUGCUGAAGAGUGUUCCAGGCCUGCUUCACAGUCCGCCGUGAGAUACCCUGAGAAGUGGAGGCUUAGAAAUGGAUGUCAGAGAGCAGUGGGUUGGACUGUCUUGCCUCCUCCUGUGCAUGCUAUCCAAGGGGAGGAUUCUGAUACAGAUGUGGUUUCCCUAACCUCGGCUCCCAAGAGGGAGAGAAAUAAGCUAGACACACCAUCACCAGCCUUGGAUGAUGGGCAAGAGGAUUCUGCCAUCUGUCAGCUGAAGGUCUUUGAAGUUACUCAGAACAUUCCCCCAAAGAAAUACUCCUCUGAGGCAGCCACUCUCCUCCAAAGCAUUCUUCCCACGUUGCACAAUACCCUGAAGAUCUCAAGUGUCAGUAAUCCAGAUGUAAGUACAAUGCCUUUUGAAGAUGAGGAUACAGAAAGAAAAAAUGAAUUUGGUAUCCCAGAAAACAUCCCAUCAGACUCCAGUGCUCAGCAAAGCACAGGAAGAAUAAAGCCUUGGCCAAGUACCACUGCUGACAUCUCCCCAGAUCAAGAUGGCAAUGACUCUGACCUUUGCUCUUUGUCUUCCCUGAGCAUGCAGCUGACAGAAGAGAAAGCAGCCAACAUCUGCUGCAGAGGUGGUGAAACUCCACCCAUGGAAUACUUUGAGAGUGGGGAAAAUUCUGCAUCUUUCCUUCCCAAUCAAAGUGCUCCAAAGUCUUCUAUCUCCUUCAGUCUAUCUCACUGGGCCAUGAGACAUCCGGAACCUAAAAAAACCCUUGGGAACACGGUUUGCUUUUAUCCCUGCACUGAAUUUGAGUUGGACAAUGAGAAAGAGCACGUUCCUACAACUGACAGAGACUGUGCCCAAGCCAUUUUACAUGGUGACUCACAGCCACUACCGGAGAAGAGUCCCCAGCAUCCAUCUCGUGAGCCUGCAUUCUGUGGCAGCCCCACUGCAGUUGGUCCGCCCCCAAGUAUUAGCCACAGCACCGUGGAAUGGGACCCAGCAGAGGCCUGUGCAAGUCAUUCUCAGACAGGAGCCCUCAGCAAAAUAAAAAUGGCAGCCAUGCCCUUCCUACCAAAUGAGUUAGAACAAAGGUCAAUUACCCCAAGUGAUAAUGAGGACGUGGUUGAUUCUAAUUGUCCCAUGGGAAUGAAACACCCCAAAGAGUCACCCAGAUCUCUGGGAAAUGUUGAAAAAGAUAGAUGGCAGAUAACACCAAGGAUAACGGAUGCUUGCCACAAAGAUUUAGAAGACCUGUCAAAUGGAAAUCACAACGAGGUCUUUUUUCAAAUGGAUUUCCCACCCAGUGCAGCUGAGUCCAGUAAGGCAGAGUGUGCUAUAGAUAAUCUAUUUCUUAUCGAGAAAACAGUGACCAGUGAUGCAGACCCAAAUGGCAACCAUGAUGAAAAAAGUCUUGGACUAGCCAGUUUUAACCAGGAGCCAGCAGUGUGCCAAAAGCUUCCAUCAACAGGGCCAAAUUCUGAAGGAGAAGAUAACAAAAACGACUCAAGGGAACGUUACUAUCACCAAAUAGACAUCUUGCUGUCACCUCACAAGCAGGAGGCUUUCAAAGAUGAGAAUUUGGAAAUAAAUAGCCUCCGAAAGUUGUCCCAGGAAUUGGCUGCAAGAGGUGGAAGAGCAAGUGACAGUUCCCAGGAAGAAGCCGUAGACCAGUGGGCCAGGAGGAGGCAACAAUUCAAAGACGGCAAAAGGUGCAGCUCAGCAGGGGAAAGUUCAUUUGCCAGCAACAUCACGGAAGGAUCCAUCACCUCCGAAGAUGGCCGUUCUGUGGAUCUUGGUUUUCGCGUUGAUAUUGAGGAAAAGGGAUUCUACACAGAGAAUUUUCAUUCAGCAGCCUGGGUUUUUCGCGGGGAUGACGGGAAUCCUGAGGACAGCCCCAGAUGCCUUAGUAAAAAACCCCGACCAGUAGCUGUCCGUGAGCGAACCGUGAAACUCUUCAAAGGAACCGGGGAUUAUCCUUGGGGCUUCCGAAUUCAGUUCUCCAAGCCAAUCAUGGUGACAGAAGUGGACACCAACAGCGCCGCCGAGGAAGCUGGACUCCAGAUAGGCGACGUGGUGCUGGCGGUCAACGGCACCGAGGUCACCAGCGCUGAGCACGCAGAGGCUGUGCACCUUGCAAGGAAAGGUCCAGACAUCCUGACUCUGGUGGUGGGCUCUGACAUCAGCCGCUGUCCCAACACCCCCUGGCCCACCUGCCGCGGCUACCUGCACAAGAGGACCCACUCGGGCUUCGUGAAGGGCUGGAGGAAGAGGUGGUUUGUGCUGAAGCACGACGGCUGCCUCCGCUAUUACAAGCGCAAGAAGGACGAAGGAAAAUGGCCGCCUCUGGAGGUAAUAAAAUUGGAAGGUGCCGAAGUCAGCAUUGACAGCAGCCUGGGAAAACCAUUUGUGUUUAACUGUGUGCCUCAGUCUGGAAAUAGGAUUUUUUGCCUCUGUGCAACCUCAAACCAAGAAAUGAAAAGGUGGCUUGAAGCAAUGGACAAAGCAGCCCAUCCUGUCCACCAGAGCCAUGUCUGGGAAGAUGUCACAGUGCACAACAGCAGCCUCCCACCCCUGGCUAUCAAGAAUCCAGAGUGCCUGGGCCUGCUGCACCAGCUGGAGAGAGGCUCAGACACGUGGGUCCAGCGCUACUGCAUUCUAAAGGACGGCUGCCUGUACCUGUACGCUAGCAUCCGUGCCACGCAGGCCUCAGGUGGCCUCUAUCUGCAGGGAUAUAGAGUGAGUGAACAGCCCCUCAGCCUCAAACAGUCGGUCAUUGAACUCAAACCUCCAUGUGAAGAGUUCAAGACUUUCUACUUCUGUGCAGAAAAUAAAACAGAAAACCAGCGCUGGAUUACAGCUCUGAAAAUCUCUAUCAAAAAAUGGGUUCCUUUGCAGCAAGCUAUUCAAGAUUUCAUGAAUCGACCUCUGGAGGAGACCAAAAUGUGA